CUUCGUGUAUUCACCAUUCUAGUCUAGGUGACAUUGGUGAAGUCAUCUGUGCUCAUUUGGCACUAUUGAAAUUAACCUAUAACUUUGCAUUAACCUAAAGAAGAAGAAAAAAGUAAAAAUCGGUGAUUUUAACAUUUCACAAAAAUAAUUUACCUUUCCAGAUUAUGCUAAAACCUAAAAGAAAGAAAGCAAGACAAAGUUUGCAUAAUAUUUAUAAAAUAGUAAUUCGGCCUUAUUCACUUAAACUGGCCGAAUGAGGGAAACAAAUACGAUCACAAAAUAAGAAGUUAUUGGAAGUUAUUAGUCUUGUGUUUGAUUUACAUUUACAAUAAAUAACCAUGGUGGAAGUUGAAGUAAAAAUAAAAGAAGAUAUGAAAAAAUUAGGAUGUAAUUGUGAUAAGAAAAUAGUGUUAGCUUACUACUUGUACAUAUACUUAGUCGAUCAAAAGCUCAUGUAUGACACAGAGUACUGUUACAACAAAGAUGUGGACACUCUCUAUGUAGUUGCAAGACCGAGGAAACAUGAGAAAUUAAACAUAUAUGUGCCAAUACCGACAAGCGUCGAUGUGUCAAUGGAUCUUAUUAGUGUUUUACAAGAAAAUUUGUGUACGGUAGAAACUGGGCCAAGUGUGAAUUUGGCUUUUGUCGAACAAGACCUUACCAUAGUUAUUUACACUUUUACAAAGGGUCUUGCUGAACGACGACCUGCUGAGGCGAUAGAGCAGGUCAGACAGAAAGCUCAGAGGAGAAUUUUUAUUAACAGUGAAUUAAAGAAAAACCAAAGUAAAAUUUUGAAUGAUGCCUUUAACGGUGGAUUUGUUGAGGAUGACGAUUGUCAAUUUUUAGAUUAGUGACGUAAGAAACAUGAAAUAAGGUUUAGUAUAUCGGUGGUUGAAUCAACAGUGUCAUUCAGUAUUUGUUUAAUAUUUACCUUUUUAUGUAAUGCAAUGAUAAAUAAAAACAAAAGUUCAUUUGGCACCGUAGCUUCGUUUCAUCAUAAAUCAAAAACUUGUGACAAUGAAAAUACCAGAAAAAUUUAAUUUAAAUCUGUAAACACAGCUACCAUGACGUUGAUUAUCAAGAGCGUAGUACACCCUCAGUCCAACUAACCGCUGAAGAAAGAAGCUAUAUGUAAAGGUCAGAUUUAGGGUUGUAAAAACUACAGGCAUUAAUAGAGCACAAUGUGAAACUUGUCACCCCAUUUAAAUACUCCGACUGAUGUAUAGCGAAUGCAAUCAACCAACAACAGACAGUUUGUCGAAUUGGUUUUCGUAUUAAAAUGUAAUUUGGUUUCAAUUUACCACCAACUUGUUUGAUAUGACGAUCUAUAUGCUUGUAAUUAUUUUUGUAACAAGAUAGUUAACUUCGCUGAUUUAAUGUAAAACUGGCAUGUUAAUAAUUUUACAUUUAAUAUUAAUUUAAAAAAUGUAAUUUGUAAUUAUAUAAUUUAAGAUGCAAAUAAAAAUUAGUCGUAUUAUUUAUUGUUUAUUGAUCAUAAAUUAUACACUUGAAAUGGUACACAUAUCCACUCUGUAUAGCAGUCUAAAGACUUGGGUGGGUACAGAACUAGAAAAUAAACUGCUGUUUAUAUCAUAACACUUCGUUGAAAAAUUUAAAUAAGUAAUUAAAAAAUUGUAUCAUCUAUGUUUAUGACAUACAAAAUAUAAAUGAUAUAUUAUACAACGUAAGUAGAAAAAGAUUUAUUAUACCUUGCAAUACAAAAUGAAAGCUUAGUUGCAUUAAACGCUGAGCUCUGUCGAAUAAUAUCUCUAAUAUAAAGAUCCCAUUGCAGUAAUAAAUAUUAUGAGUAUAAAAAAGUCUUAAAAUAUUGAUUAAAAAGUAUUUUCAGUCAAAAUCUAUAAUAUACAGAAGUAUAGACACUAUUCUUUUUCUUCUAUCUAUUCUUAUUUGAUACAAGUUUUAAUAUUUAAUUCUCAGUAUAUGUGGCCACUAACCUUAAAGUAACAUUAUCGCCUAUGCCAUAACCACAAAAGUAAACUGUUUGGUACUAAAGACAGACAGAAUCAUCAGAUACAACUUUCUUCAUAUCACAGAGUACCAUCUGAGGGAUUCCUAUUCUUUAUAUACAAAUCUAUUUACUUUUAUGAUUCACUAUUUAAUAAAAAAUGAAUUCUAGCAAAAA